GUUCCCACUGCCUUUUUCGCCUUUUGUUAUUUAUUUGCACCAGCAUUGUGUUGUCUCCGAAGCCGCCUCAUGACCAGCCGAGGGAUUUCACUUCGUCCUUGAGAGAGAGAGAGAGACAGAGAGCAAGAGAGAGCGAGAGAGGGAGCCAGAGGUUGGGGUGGGGGGGGGUGGAAGAGAGAGAGAGAAAGAGAGAGGGACAGGCGCGCACACACACACACACGCGCGCGCACACCCCACACAAACACACCCCGACACAGACACACACACACACAGAGUGCAAAAGGCGAGCCGCCCCAUCCCGUCUCCAGGGUCCUCCGGGGGCCCCCCCCCGCCGCUGCGCAUCCCGCGUCAGAGGAGCGAUUAACCAGACCCGGUAAGACACUCUGACCUGUUGUGGUAUCAAGAUCUACUUCUGGAGGAUCCUAAGAAGUCUUGGACAAGCCUCCCACAUGUGGCAGGUGCUGUACUGGCUGCUGUUGACCCAAAGAUGAUGACAAGGAGGAUGCCCCUGCCCACAAGAAGUUAGCAAGCCGAUAAGGACUGAGUGAAGAGGACACACAGGGGAAGAAGACACUUGCCCCGGCUAGUCGCUGUCAUCUUCACAAGCUACAUUCAUAGAAACGGAGAGAAACUCAAUUGAAAAAAAAAAUGGCUUCAUAAGAUCCAGCUGUAAGUGUGACAAGAAGCCAAGAGUAGCAAGGACGGGAAGCAGAGAGAGUGACCUGCAGCUCACCAGGAUGUCUUCCAAGCGACCAGCCUCUCCGUAUGGGGAGACAGAUGGAGAGGUAGCCAUGGUGACAAGCAGACAGAAAGUGGAAGAGGAGGAGAGCGAGAGGCUCCCAGCCUUUCACCUUCCCUUACAUGAAGUCGAUGGCAAUAAAGUUAUGUCUUCAUUAGCCCCAUACAACUCAUCUACCUCACCUCAGAAGGCAGAAGAAGGUGGGCGACAGAGUGGCGAGUCCGUGUCUAGCACAGCCCUGGGGACUCCGGAGCGGCGCAAGGGCAGCUUAGCGGACGUGGUGGACACCUUAAAGCAGAGGAAGAUGGAAGAGCUCAUCAAGAAUGAGCCGGAAGAUACCCCCAGUAUUGAAAAGCUACUCUCAAAGGACUGGAAAGACAAGCUCCUGGCAAUGGGAUCAGGGAACUUUGGAGAAAUAAAAGGGACUCCCGAGAGCCUUGCUGAAAAGGAACGGCAGCUCAUGGGGAUGAUCAACCAGCUGACCAGUCUUCGAGAGCAACUCCUGGCUGCCCACGAUGAGCAGAAGAAACUGGCUGCAUCACAGAUAGAGAAACAGCGCCAGCAGAUGGAGCUGGCCAAGCAGCAGCAGGAGCAGAUCGCGAGGCAGCAGCAGCAGCUUCUGCAGCAACAACACAAAAUCAACUUGCUUCAGCAACAGAUCCAGCAGGUUCAAGGUCAACUGCCGCCAUUGAUGAUCCCCGUGUUCCCUCCUGACCAGCGGACGCUUGCUGCAGCUGCCCAACAAGGAUUCCUCCUUCCUCCUGGCUUCAGCUACAAGGCUGGGUGUAGUGACCCUUACCCUGUUCAGCUGAUCCCAACCACCAUGGCAGCUGCCGCAGCAGCGACCCCAGGCUUAGGCCCACUCCAGCUGCAGCAGUUCUAUGCUGCCCAGCUAGCCGCAAUGCAGGUUUCUCCAGGAGGGAAGCUCCUAGGCCUACCCCAAGGCAACCUUGGUGCUGCCGUGUCUCCUACCAGCAUUCACACAGACAAGAGCACAAACAGUCCACCACCCAAAAGCAAGGAUGAAGUGGCCCAGCCACUGAACCUAUCAGCUAAACCCAAGACCUCGGAUGGCAAACCACCCACCUCACCCACCUCUCCCCACAUGCCAGCUCUGAGAAUAAACAGUGGGGCGGGCCCCCUCAAAGCCUCUGCCCCAGCAGCAUUAGCUAGUCCUUCAGCAAGAGUUAGCACAAUAGGUUAUUUAAAUGACCAUGAUGCUGUUACCAAGGCAAUCCAAGAAGCUCGACAGAUGAAGGAGCAACUCAGGCGGGAGCAGCAGGCUCUGGACGGGAAGGUGGCCGUAGUGAAUAGCAUAGGUCUCAACAACUGCCGGACAGACAAGGAAAAAACAACACUGGAGAGUCUGACUCAGCAACUGGCAGUUAAACAGAAUGAAGAAGGAAAAUUUAGCCAUGGAAUGAUGGAUUUCAAUAUGAGUGGAGACUCAGACGGAAGCGCCGGAGUUUCAGAGUCAAGAAUUUACAGGGAAUCUAGGGGACGUGGGAGCAACGAGCCCCACAUAAAGCGUCCGAUGAAUGCCUUCAUGGUGUGGGCAAAAGAUGAACGGAGGAAAAUCCUUCAGGCUUUUCCUGACAUGCACAAUUCCAACAUCAGCAAGAUACUGGGAUCUCGCUGGAAAGCUAUGACCAACCUAGAGAAACAGCCAUAUUAUGAGGAGCAGGCCCGCCUCAGCAAACAGCACCUGGAGAAGUACCCGGAUUAUAAGUACAAGCCCAGGCCGAAGCGCACCUGCUUGGUGGAUGGCAAGAAGCUGCGCAUCGGGGAAUACAAGGCCAUCAUGCGGAACCGGAGGCAGGAAAUGAGACAGUACUUCAACGUCGGGCAACAAGCACAGAUUCCCAUCGCCACUGCUGGAGUUGUGUACCCUGGAGCCAUCGCCAUGGCGGGAAUGCCAUCCCCUCACCUGCCCUCAGAGCACUCGAGUGUGUCCAGCAGCCCAGAGCCCGGGAUGCCCUUGAUCCAGAGCACUUACAGCGUGAAGGGAGAGGAACCUCACAUCAAAGAGGAGAUCCAGGCAGAGGACAUCAACGGAGAGAUUUACGACGAGUAUGACGAGGAAGAGGAUGACCCAGAUGUAGAUUAUGGGAGUGACAGCGAAAACCAUAUUGCAGGACAAGCCAACUGAUAAGGGCCAACAGACUGUGGUGUGGUGAGCUGAGGACUUAAAGAAGCCCUAGCUGGUCCAUCCUUACCAGUGGCCAAGCACAUUAACUUUCUCAUACACUGACUGUUAUUUUAACUGUUAGUCUUAAAUAGUUGGGACGUCAGCUGACAAAUAGACCUCAGCCUCAAAAGGCUCGGAAAGGAAACAAUUUCCAAGCAGACAACAUCAACAAGAGAUUGAAAUAAGCUAUGGGUAAAACAAAGCCAGUAACUCAGCUGCUAGACCCCAGCACUGAAGUCUCACCCGUCAACUUUUUUUUUUUUUUAAUAAACUUUAUGGCUGUUUGUUCUAUAACUAGAAAUUCUCACUCAGGUACACAGUGCCAACAAGUGGCUUGUGAAUGUGUUUUGUUGUUUUGUGCUACAAUUUUUAAAAAAGAAAUAAGUUUUGUUUUGUUUUGUUUGGGGGGGAUGGUUCUGGGUUUUUCUUUUACCUUCUUUCUCUUUUUUUUUUUUUUUUAAUCCUUUGUGAUUGUUGUCUUGCACCUGACAGAAAGAGGGAGAUGGGCACUUGGGUCCCUCUGCCCUUUCUCUCUUCUGCUUUAAAGAUGGGGUCCCGUGUGUGAGGGUGGGGGGGAGAGAGGAAAAAGAGAGCCUGUUUUUGCCUUCCUUGGUUCUAUACCACACAAUCAGCAAUCAUUUCCUUUAGAGACCUCUUACUCUUGCACACAACACUACAUCUUUAAGCAAGUGCCAAAUCCAUACUGAAGCGAUCACCAAGUUCAUUUUCUACCCCUUCCUUACUCCUGCUCCUUCUUAAGUUGGGACAGUGUUAAACCUUGGACAGUCCCUGGAAAGAGCUGAUACACCAGCAACUGGUGAGAUUGAUUUUUUUGUAAUGGAAACUGUAGGUGCCGUUCUCAGGUGAAAAGAGAGAGAGAGAGAGACAUAGAAAUUUAGAGGAAAAAUAUUUUCUGAUCUUGGAUUUCUGUGUGUGUAUGUGUGUGAUUAUGGUACAUUAGAUACAUUCCUAUUAGGGAAUAAUGUUGGGCCAUUGAAAGCAAAACCCACAUGUGGGAACGGAAUCCCACCUCUCCUAAGCAAGUGGUCUAGAAUAGCAACCUUGACCUUGACCUUGACCUUGACUUUGCACUUCUAGUGACAAUGGAACUAAACGUAGGGCUCAGAAAUUCUAUUUUUCAGUGUCAAGAAUGUUUCUUAUUGGGUGGACCUGGUGGCCCUGUGUCAUGGACAUGUGCUUGGCAAACAUGGAAGCUACCAACCAAAUGCUUCCUGAGGUCCCUUUCUUCCUGGACAAUUUGCUUCUUCUAAUGUUUGCUACUUAGUGGUGUGUGUGUGUGUGUGUGUGUGUGUGUGUGUGUUUCCUGUUGAAACUUUGAGUAAAACAAUCAUUGUUUUGACUGAAUAUAUUUGGCCAUUUUUCAGAGAUACAGAAUUAGGGUGUGUCUCCCCCAUUCCAUCUUUUCCCAAUUGGGAAACAGAACUGGUAGUUCUGUAGGAUUUUCGUUUCAUCUCUCCAUGCAAUGAGGUCAGAGGCUGCAUUUCACAAACGGGGGCCAUGUGUAUGCCCUUCCAUAAGAACUAGGAUUUGGUUACAGUUCACUGUAGCACACAAAGGGGAGGCUGGCCGAGCACAGACCCUUACUACUGUAUGGUCCUUCACGGUAAUUUGAGUCUGCUAAAGAUCAAUUGCUCCUGCCAGCAGACUCCUUGCUGGGACUAACAGCCAAUGGUGACAGGACUCGUGAUACAGAUGUCACCAACCAAAGGGCCAAGGCAGGGGUGGGGCCUGGAGAAACAAACACAGAGUCACUUCAGGUCACUCACCAUGGUUAGUGUUUAGUAUCAGUCAGUCAGCACUGUAGCCAGUGGCCUGGAUGGAUAUGUUACACUGUAGCCAGUGGCCUGGAAAUGUUACAGUAUUCAAUCCCUUUUUCAAAUUGCCCCACCAAACACUGCCCUUAAGUUUGAUUUUCCCCCCCGGCACAACUAAGCAAAAACAACAAAAAAAAGUAAAGAAGAAAAAUCCUUUUUGUUUUUCUCUCUCUCAAAAGUCUUGCUCUGGGGUUUUGCUUGGAGGAGCUGAUCAUACCUGCAUGUCAGAGGUUUGGUUCUGUUUUCUGUUUGUGGUUUGUUUGUUGUUUUUAUUUUUUUAAUGACUGUAUUUUCCUUUGAAUUGCCUCUUUUUGCUAGUGUUGUAAAAUGAUGAUAAAAUAAUAAUAAUAAUAAUAAUAGUAAUAAUAAUAAUAAUAAUAACAGUCAGCUGUUCCCAGAUUAGUAAAUUAUGUAUAAUUUAUUUUAUUUCUCCCUUUCUAUUUUAUUCUGCUCUGAUUUGGAAGUACAGCCAGUAAGCUGUUAGGUAUUUAAAGCUAAUUUCUCUUUCCAGCUCUUACACACAUGUACACACAUACAUGUAUGUGUGCAUAUGAUACACAUAUACUCAUCCACACACUUGCUUCUCCAUCCAUAACUUCCUCUGUGUUAACAGUCUUGGCCCCGGUAGUGUCAGUUCUGGUGUUUAAUAUGAAGGGGUGAAUUAGUAGGAGGGUUGUGUUCAAUCUUAAUUAACUUAUGUUCUUUUCUCUCAUUUUAGUUAUUUAAUUACCAAUUAUCUAGAGCCAAUUUUUUGUUUUUGUUUAUUUUGUUUUGAAGCACUCUGAAUAAGAGAAAAAAAUAGACACUUGUUUUUAUACCAUUAUAACAUACAAUGUGAAAACAGAUUUAUUAAAAAAAAAAUGUUUCUCUGUGUCUGUUAACAAACCCUCCUGACUGAUGUGGGUUUUCCAUUUAAGUGUGCUGGGUUCUGAUCUCACAGCACAUUCUAGACAAGCCUGCUUUUCCUUUCUUGACCUUGGGCAACAAGAAUACUUUGUUUUAGCUCCAGGUAGAUGCUACUGAAGGCAUCCAUGGCCAAAACCCAUUCCGACACAGUGCUAUCUGAGCAGGCUCUCUCUUUGGUCGGCAUUUGUUUUAUUUGAAGGGAAACAAAUUGUUCAUGGUGACUUGUAGCAGCCGAAACUCUCCAGUUUAGUUGAGUUUUAUGUCUAUGAUUGAACUGUGCCCAGAGAAAACCACAAAGCAAGUCCAUAAUAUGUCCUGUCAUAGUCUGUCCUGACAUUUUCUUCAGUGGAUGUUGAGUUUGCUUUGCCCAAGAGUUUUCCCUGGGGGACAACAAAAAUAAAGGUAAUUCUAUUCAUGUCUAAAGUGCACUGAAGUCACUUAGGGGAAAAAAAAAAGGUGCUUUUAAUAGCAACUGUGUUAACACUUUGCCCUUUGGGCCCUUGAUUGGAUGAUGAUUUUUGUAAAGGAUCCUAAAACCUUAUAUUCUUUUGUGUGCCACACAAUGACCAAAUAAGAUACGGUAGAGGAAAUAAGACACAACAAAAAGAUCAAAGGUAGCAAACUGAAUACCACCUUCCUCUCCCCUGCCUAUCUGAUCAAGCCACGCCCCCACCCUCCUUCCUUUCCCCUGCCUGUCUGUUCAAGCCACGCCCCCACCUCCUUCCUCUCUGGUCUGUUCAAGCCACACCCCUUCUCCCCUCAUCAUCCCUGCCUUUAUAACACCACCGAAAAAUAAUACUGCCAGUUUCUCCCUUUUAUAUUUGUAAUUGGUACCUCUUAAAAUAGUCCAGUUUGAUAUAAAUCUAAGAAAAAUAUUCACCAGAAAAGAAGUGGGUUAAGGUUGUUAGUAAGUUAAUGAUAAUUUGGUUAGUUACUACAAUCAGGAGAAACACACACACACACUAGUGUAUUUUUGCUCAGAUUAAUCAAAUGAACUUUAAAAGUUCAUUUGGUAUCUAGCUAAGAAUUACCUUUGUGUAAAACACCUCCCAAUAAACAUAGUUAUCAUGGUUGAAGCCAAAUUUUCCCAUAGGGAAUGAAUAUUAAGGUGUAAAGUGUUGUUUAAUGAGGUCACUUCAUAUAUUUGAUUUCUGAAGUACAGUCACCUUAGUUCACAUAAAGGAAGUUAUCUCUACCAUUUUAUGGCCCCUCUCUAGAUAUUUUCUUAAUGCACAAGCUGAUACUGUUCUCAGAGGAAUCCUCUUCUAUCUCAUUUAAAAACAUAAGAAAGAAUUAGACUUUCCUUACUCUAAAGGGUAAAUUAUUGAAUUGUAAUAACUGUAUAUUUACAAACAGGUUUAUAAAAUAUUUGUCUAUCAAGUUAAUAGUGAAGUAAAACUUUAGGAGGUCUGAAAGAAAAAAAAAAAACCACAAAACCCACUUAAAGUGGCUGAGCUCUCUCUGUCUUGUAGGGCACAGGCAUUUAUUUAGCCAGGUUUAUACAGUAUUUAAUUUUGAAGUUCUGCAGGUUCAAGGUGAUGCGUGUUUAGUUUCCUACUGACGGCCCCCCGUCUGCCCCAGUGUGUCUGUCGCUGGUCCACUAAGACAGUAUUUAUUCAGCUCCCCUGGCUCGAACGCACUUAGUCUUUCUAACAGUUUGAAUUUCACAAGUGAAAAGGUUUUGUUUGUUUGUUUGUUUUUUUAAAUGAUUAAAAAAUAGAAAAGAGACAAUCAAUGCCUGGACUUAAAACAAAGUAUGUGCAAACCACCAUCUCACUUGAAAUUUAAUAAAGUAAAAAAUUGUGUAAAUAUAACAUAGAGUUAUAGAUUUCUAUUUUGUUCAUAACACAUAGUGUAAUAUAAGUUGUAUAUUUUCAUGUUUUUGGUUUUAUGUUAUCAUUCAUGCCACAAUAAGAAUAAAACAGGAGUUUGUGUACUCUUGGGGAAAAAAAAAACAAAAAAACAAAAACAAGAUGUGGGCUCCCAGCAACCUGUUUUUUGCUUUUCUGUUUUUGUUUUCUUUUCCUUUUGUUUUGUUUUGUUUUGCAUUCCCUUUUUCAGUAUUACUGCCGUGCAAGGCACCAAUAAAAACAGCAAAUGUGUUCUUUAUGAUUA